AUGGAGUCAAAAGAAAAUAAGUCACCAGGUGGCAGCCAGACUAAUACUCCUACAAAAACAAGCUCUCCCAACUCUCCAAAGGAGGAUUCUGUUGGUAGAUUGACUCGUCGAUCAUCCAUUCGAACACAGGCCGAUAAGAAUCUCCCUCUUCGUAAGAUGAGCCAGGAAUUCGACGCAUUUUCUCAAAAAGUUGGUAUAACUUCCCUCGAAGAAGCAAAGCAUCAUCUUCAAAACCUUGGUCCAGUACCUACACUUCCCGAUCCCGCGGAAAUUGAAAACCGCAAACUGGUAGAGCAAGAGGAGAGCAAGAUCAUCCAAGAGGAGCACAAGUCCAUCAGACGUGAUUCCGUUAGCUUUUUGAAGCGUCGCACUUCUGAGCGCAAGACCAACCUCGCCACACCGACUUUGACAAUCACAACCGAAAGUCUUAGAAACUCCCCAAUGCUUUCUCCAGCAAUCUCUCCAAUACGCUCCCCAACACCACCUGAUUCUGCUGUGACAUGCAUGGAACUGGCAGCGCCAAUCUUGGGUUCGAGUUACACUGCGAAUAUGGUCGAUUACCCUGAUACUCUUCAAUCUAAUAGAGAGCAGACUAUUCCAGCCCGGGACACCCCCAUCACAGGGAAUACUGGACCUUUUGGCCUCCGCAACCUUGUUCUCACUCCAAUUGAGCAAGAAAAUACUACCAUCCAAGGCAAAGCAGAUGAGCAUGCUGUUAAGAAUAUUACGCCAUCUUCUAGUCCAUCAGCUACACCCGUAUUCCCCCCUCGUGUCUCUAGCAUGGCCCCACCUCCACCACAUGUUGUCGCUGGCUGGUUAGGUGACGGGUAUACUCAGAAUUACGUAACUCCAUCAACUUCGGCUGCGCAGACAAUGGGAGCACACCCUUGGCAAAAUAAAACUGCUAGCUUUACAGUUACUCCAAUCAUUUCUUUUUCUAGCCAACCGGACACUCAAAUGGAACUUGAACACAAGAAAAUCAAACCUGAUGACUUUGAUGUCGAGAGUUCUGAUGGCAUUAGCGGUGUGUCUCCGCAACAGUAA